CCUCCACUCCUCUCCUCUCUUCAUCCGUCUGUCCAUCAAAGCCGAGACUCAUUUAUUCUCCAGCAGCCGAGCAGAGCGGACUGAGAGUGUGUGUGGAGUGUGUGUGUGUGUGUGUGUGUGUGUGUGAGGGGGAGAACGUGGAGAUCAUCAUCAUCAUCAUCAUCAUCAUCAUCAGAGCUCGCGCUCAGACCCGGAGACCCGCAGAACUCUGCGCCAGAUGCUGGAGAGCCCGGGGAGGCGCGCGCGUGCCGGUGUCUGGACGUGUCCCGGAAAGAGAAACCCGGAUCCAUGACUCGGUUUCGGAUCUGACAGGAGACCGCAGACACGGCAGAGAGAUCCAGCUGGGAUCUGAACCCAUCCCCAUCUCCUGACCGAGCGGAAGUCCAUGCUGACUGCCGCGUGCGCUCGGGUGUGAGGCUGUGCGCGCGCCACUUCCGCAGCCGAACCGAGUCAUGACUUCUGGUUAUGCAGCGCAUGUAAUGGACAGAGCGAUCACCGCGGCCAACCUGGACCAUCUGCAUGCAAAGAAGAACUUUUCCGUGAGCCACCUGCUGGACCUGGAGGACGCGCGGGAGAUGGCCGGAGCUCAGGCCGAGGAGAGCAGCGCGGAGGCGGGCACAGGGAGCCUGGAGUCCCCGGGGCUCACCAGCGGCAGCGACACCGCGCAGCAAGACAAUGAGCAGCUGAACUCCGAGGAGAAAAAGAAGCGGAAGCAGAGGAGAAACAGGACCACGUUUAACAGCAGUCAGCUGCAGGCCCUGGAGCGGGUGUUUGAGAGGACGCAUUAUCCCGACGCCUUCGUCAGGGAGGAUCUUGCGCGCAGGGUUAACCUCACCGAGGCUCGCGUGCAGGUGUGGUUUCAGAACAGAAGGGCGAAGUUCCGGCGUAACGAGCGCGCACUGCUGGCAAGUAAAAAUGCCUCGCUGCUCAAAUCCUACUCCGGAGACGUGACAUCGGUGGAGCAGCCGAUCGUACCGCGGCCAGCUCCGAGGCCGAGCGAUUACCUGUCCUGGGGAAGCUCACCUCCAUACAGUGCCAUGGCCUCCUACUCGCCAUCGUGUGCCAACAACAACACGGCGCAGGGCGUCAACAUGGCCAACAGCAUCGCCAACCUGAGACUGAAGGCCAAGGAGUACAGCAUGAACCAGGUGCCGACCGUCAACUGAGAGAGGAAAUGGAGUACAAACGCGGGCGACGUGUGGCACCGAGCUGCCAUGAUCCCCAACAAAGACCUUUCACACCAAUGUUUUUCUCCAUGUGGACUCGAAGGCUCGCAAGAAAAACAUGUUUAAAGAAAACUUCUAAAGCAGCGAUUGACGUCAGUGGCGGUCAUAUUUUUGGCAGAGUGGGGAAAACUCGACUCGACUCACCUCGACUCUGGAAAAAUGUGAAAUGGAAAGCGUGCGUUUUCACGUUUGCUACGGCCGCAUGCACGUCGCUCCUCGAGGAGGAGAAUUUACUCUCGAGUUCUGGAGACUGAACCAGCUCCAUGGAAGAAGGUUCUGGAAUGUACCAAUGCAAAUCCCAUGAACAUUCAGGACUUUUCCUUCACUUCUCCCAGGAUGUAAUCAAGACCACAGACUGGACUUUUUUUUUUUUUUUUAGGAAAAAUGUACCUUUGUAAUGAAUAUACUAAGAUUUCUCCUUUGGGUUUAUGUGACUGACAUGCAUUUUAAAACAUGUCAAAACAUGCAUAGGUCUCCACACACACACACACACACACACACAAACAGGAAGUGAACAUAUCAUACACACAUACACAACACCUCGCCAAAUUGUAUACAUUUAAUACAAAAAAAAAAAUACUAGGUGUGGAAAAGGUUGACCAGUCGACUGACCAAUCAGAGAUCUCGUCUUAAUAUUUCCCGUACAGCUGCACUGAGUUAAAAUAUCAGUCACAGUGCCAGGAAAGGAGGCGUGGCCUGUAUGCCUGUCAGUCCCAGUCCUAUAAAGGAGGUGUGGCCUCUGUGCUUGUAAGUUUGAGAGAUGUAUGGAGUUGAAGCUCUGUUUUUUCUUAUGGCGAAAAGAAAAUAUCACUUCGUCAUCUUUCUUAAGACUUGCCUUAUAGAGGUUUUUUUAAUGCUUCAGUUUUCCCUUUAAGGGGGCGGGGAAAGAUGAGUGAGGUGUCGCCAGGGUGGAAGGCGCAUCACGUACAUGCUUGUACACGAUCAGCUUCAAAAAGUAUAUACAAAAUAUGUAAAUCUUUUGCAACUCAUUGAGGGUGUUAAAGACCUCAAUUUGACUCCCUAUAUGGGAAGGAGGCGUGGCCUCUGUGACUGGCAGUCCAAUUCAAGGAGGCGUGGCUUGUGUGUGUGUGUGUCAGUUGAAGAGGAGGUGUAUUCUGUGUGUCAGUUGAAAAAGAGGUGUGGCAUGUGUGCCUGUCAGUCUAAAAGGAGGUGUGGCCUGUGAACCUGUCAGUCUAAGAGUAGGUGUGGCUUCUGUAUAUGGCGUUCAAGCUCUGCUGUUUAUUUUAAUUUCAUUGUAAUCCAUCAUUCGCAGUGAUUAGUGGAAAUACAGCAAGCAACAUUUUUUCAUUUACAAUAAUAUUUUAUAGUAAUGGUAAUUUUCUUUCACUUUUUGCAUUAUUUCUUUCACGUUUUAUAACCGUCGUUGGUAUGCGUCAGUUUUAGCUGGUUUUAUUGAAAAGGAGUUGGAGAGAAAAUAGUGAGGGAAAGCUAGACAGGAAGGCGAGUCGUGUACGCGGUCAGCUUUUAAAUAUUUAUCUAUAAAUACUGCAUCAAUACAGAGUGCUCAGUGUUUUAUAUUUUCUCUUUUUCAUCAACAUUAAAAGACCUUGAUCUGAUUUCUGUACAUGCUGUCAGUCCCAGUGAAGGAGGCGUGGCCUCUAUUGCUAUCAGUCCCAGUCCCAGUGAAGAAGGCAUGGCUUCUAUUGCUAUCAGUCCCAGUCAAGAAGGUGUGGCCUCUAUCGCUAUCAGUCCCAGUCCCAGUGAAGGAGGCGUGGCCUGUAUGGCUGUCAGUCUCAGUCCCAGUGAAGGAGGUGUGGCCUCUAUGGCUGUCAGUCCCAGUCCAAGUGAAGGAGGUGUAGCCUCUAUAGCUGUCAGUCCCAGUCCUGGUGAAGGAGGUGUGGCCUAUAUGGCUAUCAGUCCCAGUGAAGGAGAAGUGGCCUCUAUGGCUGUUAGACCCAGUCCCAGUGAAGGUGUGGCCUAUAUGACCGUCAGUUCCAAUCCUGGUGAAGGAGGCAUGGCCUCUAUGGCUGUUAGUCCCAGUCCUGGUGAAGGAGGUGUGGCCUAUAUGGCUGUCAGUCCCAGUCCUAGUGAAGGAGGCAUGGCCUCAAUACUUCUCAGCCUUUAAUGAAAGAGGUGUGGCCUCUAUGGCCAUCAGUCUCAGUCCCGGUGAAGGACGCGUGGCCUAUAUGAGCAUCAGUCCCAGUGAAGGAGGUGUGGCCUCUAUGGCUGUCAGUUCCAGUCCCAGUGAAGAAGGUGUGGCCUCGAUACUCCUCAGCCUUUAAUGAAAGAGGUGUAGCCUCUAUGGCUGUCAGUCCCAGUCCUGGUGAAGGAGGCAUGGCCUUUAUGACCAUCAGUCCCAGUCCAGGAGGUGUGGCCUCAAUACUCCUCAGCCUUUAAUGAAAGAGGUGUGGCCUCUUGUGUGCCUGUCACUCACAGCUGAGUCAAUUAAAACUAAACCAAUAAAUCAUUUAUGUCCAUCUUGCCGACAUCAGAUCUUUAAUUCUGUAUGAUAUUAUCUCAAAACUAAAGAUCUCCAGGAUCAACCCUAAUAUAAUGCAAUAAAUAUGCAGGUUCUUCUGAAUUAAAUACCAAUUCUAUAUAGCUCAUGCACUGUGUGUGUGUGUGUGUGUGUGUGUGUGUGUGUGUGUGUGUGUGUGUGUGUGUGUGUGUCUAUGAGGCCUUUACCUUUGCCUUUCUUUUUAUAUAUGGCCUGAGUAUAUCUGAAUCUGUAAUAUUCAUAUGCAAUAAAACAUCUGCAAGCAGCAUCAUGAUGAAGGAUUAGUGUGUUGUGGAACAGAAAUACUUUCUCCAUUCAUCAUGCAGAAAUAUUAACAGUAAUGAAGAACAUCAUCUUUGAGCUGUUGCAGGCGACAGUAAUGAAUAUUAAAGCACACACGCACACACACACACACACACACACACACACACACACACACACACACACACACACUUCGUUUCUUCAAAGUUUUAGAAUAAAUUAGAGGGGAAAAAAAGCAUGCUUUCUCAUACUUGGAUGACUCCGAUGUUAGGGGUCCAAGCAUAUGUUGCUUCUGUAAGGGCUUUUGUCUUACUAAAGACUUUAUUAUUAUUAUGAUUUUGAAUAAUCUUGUAUCUUUAAAGUAACUCCAUAUGGGUUGUCAGUUCAUACAGUUUUUUAAAAAGGAGGUCCAGAUGUUGCUUCCAUGUGGAUAAAGAACGACUAAAAGUCAUUCCCUGUCUGACCGACUUUUCUCUGUGAACACAAUAAAAACUACACCGUGACUCCA